AUGAUCGGACGGAUUCUCCUGCCGCUCUGCUUCUUCUUCUCGAUCGGCCUCACCGGACAGCAGCUCGUCCUCGCUGCGACUGCCUCUAGUUCGAAGGUAGUGACUACCCUCCCUGGAUUCGACGGCCUCCUUCCCUUCCACCUCGAGACUGGUUACGUGGAAGUGGAUGAGGUCAACGGCGCGGAGCUAUUCUACUACUUCGUCGGGUCGGAAGCCGGCGGCGAGGAUGCUCCUUUUCUUCUGUGGCUCACCGGCGGCGACCAUUGCUCCGUACUCAGCGGCCUUGCCUUGGAGAUUGGCCCAUUCCAAUUCGUCAUAGAGCCUUAUAAUGGCACCGUACCGAGCCUGCAACUCAACCCGUACUCGUGGACGAAGGUGGCAAAUAUUCUUUUUGUCGAUGCGCCGGUUGGGGCAGGAUUUUCCUUUUCUAGAAAACCUGAAGGUUACAAUGUUGGGGAUGUAUCAGCCUCACUGCAGCUCCAUGAACUCCUCAUCAAGUGGUUCACCGACCAUCCGGCGUUCCUCGCAAAUCAUCUCUAUAUCGGGGGAGACUCCUACGCUGGGAAAAUAGUGCCAUUUAUCGCACAAAAGAUUUCAGAAGGUGUUGAAGCUGGAAGGAGCCCCCAUCUCAAUCUCAAGGGCUAUCUAGUGGGCAAUCCGGCAACAGGUGAAAUAAUUGAUUAUAGCGCUGCAGUUCCAUAUGCUCACGGAGUUGGCAUAAUAUCAGAUCAGUUAUAUGAGACCAUAGGUGGGCAUUGCCAUGGAGAAGACUACAAGUAUCCCACCAAUGCGUUAUGUGCUCAAGCUUUGGAUACGUACAAAAGUCUCCUCUCUGAAGUUAGAUGGGGCCAAAUAUUGUUGGACAACUGUGGUGGUUUUACAUCUACUGGACCGGGUAGAGAAAUGGACGAUUCAGCUGGUGCUGGUAGGAAAAUUCUAAGUGAGGAGAAAGAUGGAGCCGAAACGGUGAAACGUCUUAGAAAUCCACCACCUAGCCCGACACUUGACUGUCAGACCUAUGGCAUCUACCUGUCGUAUUUCUGGGCAAAUGACCAGGGCACCCGAGACGCCCUCGGGAUCAAGGACGGCACCGUGGAGGAGUGGGUGAGAUGCCACAACGGCGACGUGCCAUACACCACAGACAUCAGGAGCAGCAUCAAGUACCACCGGAACGUCACGGCCAAUGGUUACCGCGCACUGGUAUACAGCGGCGACCAUGAUGCGAUGGUGCCUCACCUGGGGACGCAGGCGUGGGUGAGGUCACUCGGCUUCCCGAUUGUUGACGACUGGAGGGCAUGGCAUCUCCAAGGACAGUCUGCCGGGUUCACCAUAACUUACUCGAACAACAUGACAUUCGCAACUAUUAAGGGAGCUGGACACACGGCGCCUGAGUUUGAGCCGGAGAGGUGCUUUGCCAUGUUUAGCCGUUGGAUACUGAAUCAGCAACUCUAG